UAUCCGAAGGAGGAACAGUUUUUCAAGUCAUUAACAAUAACGGCAGAACAUAUAGGACAAUGAACAUCCGUAGGGUUGAAAAUGUAUGUAGAGGAGCGCGACAUGAGGCAGGUCCUCGUGGAAUGUAACAGGAUCAUGACGACCAUUAGAGGGGAGAUAUCAUGGAACUUAAAACAUGAGUUUUUGGCUGAGAAGGGAUACCCUCUGGUCACCGAUGUCAUCUCGCUUCAGUUCAGUCUUCACGACAUCUUCAGUCUUUUGCGCGCAUGGACGAGCGGUGAUGGCAGUGGUGGGGCUGAACCAUCGAGACGCAGGUUGGGAACAGCUGGUGCAGACAAAGGGAAAGGCCAUGUGUUAGAUGAUACUGACAGGCCUUCCUCAAGCAAGACGGCGCAGUCCACCACGACGGCCGUCAACAAGGACGCAACACCGGGCAUUGACCCUGCUCUCUUUCAAGCCCAGGGCGACAAGGCACACGAGAAGCUGCUGAAGAGGAGUUCAGUGUGGCAGUGGGUUGAACAGGGACAAGAGGCAUUGCUGGCAGGGCGUGGGGAGUACUGGCUUAGGUGCCGCCUAUGCUCCACCAUCUUCAGGGGCUCGUCGACGAAGGCGGUUCAUCAUUUCCUGAAACCGCAGAAACCGUGUCCUUUUCGGACAGGGGAGAUCGUCGAUGAGCUUGUCAGCAACCAGCGUGGCAAGGUGAAGUCCACCGACAAGAACACUCGUUACUUGUUGAAGAAUGUCAGGGGACUAGCUAGGUGUGAAGAGCGGGGUGAGGAGCGUGUGCAGAGUGGAUGUGAUGCUGAGGAUCCUUUGUCUGAGGCGGUGCCACCACCUCUACCGGGAAGGUCUGCUCCACGGCUAGUUGUUCAGACUCCUGCCAUGGACAGUGAGGAUGGGGAGGAGGGUGAUGAGGUCCCUGGUGAAGCGCAGGUCACUGUCAAGCCUAUCGUGGCCAAGCAGACCACAAUCAAGAAGUGGAUCGACAAUCAAGCUCAGAAGGAGUUGGACAUUGCAUGGGCGGAGACAAUGUUCAGGGCGGGCAUUCCUUUCAACUGCCUAAACUUCUACACCACGCAAGCUCUGCACGAAACAUAUCUGAAGGUUGCAAGUGCAAGGCCAAAGGUCAAGUUGCCUUCCUACAAACAUAUGCGGAGUGUCAUGGUUGAUUACAUCUACCUGAAGGUGUUGAAAGCAAUCAACCCCAUGACUGCAUGUUGGGACACAACCGACUGCACAUUCAUCACCGACGGGUCCACAGCGGGGGAGAAAGGAGCAGUUCGGGUCACGACAGUGUUCAUGACGAGGAGGAAGAAGAACGCAGCAGCAUUGGCAAAGUUGUGGGAGCAGAUGAUGCGUGAGAUAGGGUUUCAGCGGAUCAACGCGAUAUGUACAGACAAUGCAGAGGUCAACAAGAAGGCGGCUCAGAUCUUAGACAGGCGGACCGACAAAGAUGUCGCGAAGACACCGUGGGUGCCAUGUGGAGCGCACUGUUGCAGUUUGUUGCUGAAGGACUUGAGCAAUUUGUCAUGGGUGAAGGACAUGGUGAAGAAGGCAAAUACGAUUUUCAAAUUCAUAAGGAACCACCACUCUACGCACGGCCUCAUGAUGACUGUCGACGACUCCUUGUCAUUGCUGCGCCGAACAGAGGUCCGGUUCGGGUCUGUGUAUCAGAUGCGGGGUAGGUUGGUGAACAGGGAGCACGUGCUGAACGAUAUGGUGGAUGAGAAUUAUGGCGCAAGAUGGAGGGCACUGAGGUGGUCCUCAGCAAAGCUGCAAAACAAGGCCGACCUCGUUCAUUACUCAUUGAGGUGUGAGAGUUGGUGGGAUAAGGUGAAAAAAAUUGUGGCCAUCAUGGAGCCGGUGUUCAGCCUGCUCAAGAGAAUGGACAAGGAAGGAGUGUCUCCCACCAACCUUGUGGAGUACGACGAUCUCAUUGCAAGGAGAUUGACAAAUGUCGUACUCACGAACAUGGAGCGCGAAAACGUGAUGGGGAAGGUGAAGGACAAGGCACAUGAGAAGCUGUUGAAGAGGAGUUCAGUGUGGCAGUGGGUUGAACAGGGACAAGAGGCAUUGCCGGCAGACCGUGGGGAGUACUGGCUGAGGUGCCGCCUAUGCUCCACCAUCUUCAAGGGCUCGUCGACGAAGGCGGUCCAUUAUUUCCUGAAACCGCAGAAACCGUGUUCUUUUCGGACAGGGGAGAUCGUCGAUGAGCUUGUCAGCAACCAGCGUGGCAAGGUGAAGUCAACCGACAAGAACACUCGUUACUUGUUGAAGAAUGUCAGGGGACUAGCCAGGUGUGAAAGGGUGGAUGAGGAGCAUGUGCAGAGUGGAUUUGAUGUUGAGGAUCAUUUGUCUGAGGCGGUGCCACCACCUCUACCAGGAAGGUAUGCUCCACGACUAGUUGUUCAGACUCCUGCCACUGAUGGCGAAGGUGAAGGACCAGGUGCAUAUGAUGCGGCAGCCGGCACAUGCAACUGCCUUUCUUUUGGAUCCACGAAGGAGACAGCCUGACUGGCUCAACGAUCCAAACAGUGCACCCGUGCAAAAUGCAAUG